AUGACCGAGAGACUCGAGCGCAUCUGGAACUCGAGUGUCUUCUUUUUCUUUGCUCUCAUCCUUUUGUGUCUCAUCCUUCUCACCCCAGCAGAUGCCAUCUACCAGUGUUAUGAGACCAGUCGGCUCACUAACAUCUUCUUUAUCACGGGCGCCUACGUCAUCACCUUCGUCUUAGCAGCUCUCAUCUACGCGACUCGCAUAUACACCAACAGGAGUACCUUGGCUGGCAUCCCAAAGGCGUGGAUUCCAGUGGAAAAGGAGGAUGUGAACAAGAGCGUGCGGCGUCUUACCGGUUUCCAAAUUACCAGGAUCUUCUUGUUGACCCAGAACAUCCACCAUGGGGACCUAUCGAACACCCCGGCUGGUCCUCCCCCCGCGUCGCCUGAUUUACCCGAUCUGCCGUAUCGCACUGUCAUCCAAGAAUUGCCCGUGCUUAUCGAGGCCAAGGCUGUUUCUUUAGCGCCCGCGGAUGCUCUUCAUACCCCUAUUCUACAUCAGCUCGACACCCCGGGUGACACUGGCGUCCCGGACACGCGUGUCGUGGAUAUACUGCGACGGCCGAAUUCCAUGGGGCUACGGCAGUAUAUUGGACACCUCGCCUCUCUGGGGGCGAUCGAUCCGCCGGAGCUGGGAGCCGAUUUCCUCGCGCUCUAUGAACGGGCUCGAUUCUCCUCCCACCAGCUGCAUGAAUCUGAUUUCCGGGAACUGAUGCAUCUAUUCGCCGAGAUACUGCGAGGCAUGACCUCCCUUGCUGCUCCUGUGUUAAAUGACCUCCGGGACAGCGCAAGUUACGAUCGAUCCUACACAGAGUCUAUUAUUGGGCCAUCUGACGAAGAGGGCGAGACGGACACCAGAGAGCAAAUUGGAUUUGACGCCUUACUGGUGCGGAGCAAUAGUCUCCGUCCGUCACGUGUAUCAACUUGGGGCACUGAGUCUGGGUACGAUACUGCGCCGGUAGCACAAAGCCCCAUGUCCGCGGUCUCGCCUAGAAGCGGGUCUAACUUCAGGCGGGAAUUGCGCACGCCUUCGACACGAUCAUUGCGACGUGUUUAUUCUGAGCAGUCCGGAGACUCUGGAGGCAGUGUGAUUCGACUAAAACAACCAGAAGAUCCAGCGGGCUUGCCAUACGUAAUUAAUUAUGAAGGUCGUCAUCGUUAG